AUGCUGCGCUCCGCCAUUCGCACCAUUCCGCGACCCUCUCGCAUCAAUGUGACGAACUGCCGCGCUUUUAUAGCGACACCACGCAGUCUUCGUCCAUCACUCGACACGCCCUCUGCUCAAAGCACAACACCUCUGUCCCCCUCUCUCACUUCCUCACCUAAGAAGGCAGGCAAAAACGAAGGCACCAUCGCAUCCGUCUUCGCCACCCUCUCAGGCGGCACGCUCGAAGACGCCCUCCCGGAUCGUUUCGCCCAACUCAAGCAGUCUCUCGUCUCAUCUCCCUCCCAUGCUGAGCACCUGCACCGAACGUGGCGCGACGUCCUGUCCUCCCUCAACUCGCGUGUAGCUGAAACGUCGAUCCUCGGAGGCAAGUGCAUCCCUGAAAUCGAAUUCCCCACCGCAUCUUCCACCGCAGCCGGAGCGUUGGAAAACUGGACAGACGCAAAGACGUACAACGCCAUCAGAGAACGCGGUGUAGCUGUCAUUCGAAACGUCAUCCCUUCCAAACAGGUGCUGCAGUGGAAGGAAGAAAUUCGAGCCUACGCUAAAGCGAACAAAGCCAAAGGUUUCCCCGAAGACAAUCCUCAGGUGUACGAGCUGUACUGGACACAAGCUCAGCUGGCUGCACGAUCGCAUCCGAACCUCCUCGCCACCUGUGAACGUUUCCUGCAACUCUUCCACCGACCUUCCAACGCUGCUGCAACUGACGAUAUCAUUACAGCGUGCUCGCUCGGUCAUCCGCUGAACUACGUCGACCGGUUGCGAAUUCGUCAGCCAGGGGAUGCCAAGUUUGCCCUCGGUGCUCACAUCGAUGGAGGUGGGGUUGAGCGAUGGGAGUGCGAGAACUUCCGCGGACUCUGGCACCACAUUCUCACAGAGGCUGCUGAUUGGCAGUCGCACGAUCCCUGGUCGCUAGGUACGAACGGUGAGCGCAUGACGGCAAAGACAGACAUGUACGAGGGUCCCGGUCAAUGCGGUGUCUUCCGUCCUCUGCAAGGUUGGCUCUCCAUGUCCAACACCAAAGCUGGAGAAGGGACGCUGAAGGUUCUCCCCUUCCUGAAGGAGUCCACGGCAUACAUCGUCCUACGACCGUUCUUCACCCCAAUCAAACCAGAAUCCGCCUGUUCGAACAAAGCAGAGUACCUGGCAGACUCAAACUGGACCCUCGACACGACCUCCCGCAAGUUUCCAGGCUGCAGUCUCGGUCACAACAUCGAGCUCUCAUCCACCACCCACCCGCACUUGGAUCUCGACAACACCAUGACGAGCAUCCCCAGCGUCACGCCAGGCGAUAUGGUCCUUUGGCACUGCGAUGCCGUCCAUUCCGUCGAAAGCCGGCACGGAGGAAAAGGCGACAGCAGCGUCCUCUACAUCCCCGCCAUUCCGACAACCCAGGUCAACUGGCGCUACAUCAUGCAACAGAAGCAAUGCUUCGAUCAAGGACUGCCUCCGCCUGACUUCCCCGGUGGACAGGGCGAAAGUGGGUUCCAGGCAAGGGGCACCCCGCACAUGGUCAAGGACCACGUGGCAAGGGCCAGCCUUGGAUUGGAAAAGCUACAGGCAAGAGAAGGUGCGGAUGCGCAGGAGACGAGACUAGUGGAGUGGUGUAAUGCUCAGCUUUGA